AUAUACAAUAAAGCUUUAAAACAGGAUUACUUCCCUUAGUUUAUUAAGCGCUUCUAAGAUUUCAUAAUCAGUUACGACAUACUUUACUAUCGGAUUUGAUACGGGAGAUAUAACUACAUUCGCUAAUUUUAUUAUGCAUUGAAAUCUAGAAAUGAUUCUUCCAAUAUACCGUGUAGAUCCAUCUCCAGGCAUGUGUCGAAUCUUCGCAGCAAUUUGGAUGUUUUUCUUGUGUAUAUUUAAGGCGAUUAAUGCAGAUACGCCAAUAACUAUUACAAGUAGAACAUGUGGUGAGACAUACGAUAUGGAUAUGUACAAGAACACUGAUGUGUAUUAUGACGGCUCAGAUGUAUUACACGAGAACCCUUGUCACGUGCAGUUCACUAAAAGUUCUUACGAGCAGUUCAUCUGCAUACGUGGCGACGAUAUUAGACUAGAUUGUGAUACAGAGUUAGAAUACCACGAAGCUUUUGUUAAAAAUUACAUCGAUCCUGAGGUGGAAAUGUCAUGUUAUGAUACAAAAAAGGAAGAAUGGUGUCCUAGCCAGUACCAAGACAAUAUUUACGUUGUUAUCAGGAAAGAUUCGCGUCAAACGACAGAUAGAAUAAGACUACGAGUUUACCUCAAAGAUGUGCCGGACGACGAUUACCCUACAGGAAGUCUAUCUGGAAUGAUCAUUAUAUAUAUAGCAAUCCCUAUCGUAUUUGUUGUAAUGUGUACAUGCUUGGUCUUGAUCAUCCGCAAAAAACAAAAAGCAACACGCCCUCCUGUUACAUACCAAACUACAUCAGGCGCAAUUAAUGUACAAGCAGGUCAAAUGAAUCCAACACAACACAAUCCUCUGCCAUAUCAACCGAUACCGAUACAGCAAAGCGGACUUCAAGGAAAUUACAAUGUUCAUCCAAUGCAAAGUGCGUAUCCAGUGCAAGCUGUCAGUCAGAAUCCUUAUUCUCAAACAGGGGGAAAAUAA